AUGAGUUAUGGUAUAAAACCUGAUGUUACAUCCUUGGAUGAGGAUUUGAAACUUUUAAGAAGUUCAAAAUUCUCACAGGAGGCUAUUAGUGAUAUUAAAACCUGGAUACUAAAGUCUGUUUUAAACUUGAAUUUGGAUGAUUACAAUAAUGUUACCCUUUUGGAAUUAUUAAAGGAUGGUACCAUACUGUGUAAGUUGGCUAAUGAGUUGAUCAAGCAAGAUGGCGGGGACAAUGAUUCAAUUAAGUUGAUCAAAUGGAAAGAAUCAAAAAUGCCCUUUGUUCAAAUGGAACAGAUAUCAAACUUUUUAGCUUUUGCUAGAAAUUAUGGUGUGCCUGAAGAUGAAUUAUUUCAAACUAUCGACUUAUAUGAAGAACAGGAUCCUGCUAUUGUAUACCAAACCUUAAAAUCAAUUUCAAGGUAUGCAAAUAAAAAACAUCCUGAGAGAUUCCCUGUAAUUGGUCCACAACUAUCAACAAAGAGGCCUCGACCACCUGUCAAGGGUAAACCAAAGCAUUUACAAUCUAGUGGUGGCUGGAGUUCUAUGGAAUAUGGGUUUAUGAAAGGUGCCUCACAGAGCUCAGAAGGUGUCGUCUUUGGUCAAAGAAGAGAUAUUGUGUAG